CUUUGCUUCCUGUAAGACUAGCAGCAGGGCAGAACAGUCAACGUUUAACCCCUGCUGCCUGUAAGACCUCCCGCAGGGCAGAGCAUCUGCUUCCUGCCUCAGCCUCAGACCGGGCCGCUGGAUCACAUGAUGGAUGUACGCUGGUUAGCAUAGCGAGCUAACACGCUAGCGUCGGUUGUCAGAGCCGCUGUCAACACGAACCACAGCCCGAGACGGACUCGCCCUCACCGGAUCGACAACUGCCUGGAAACUCCGGUAAAUCCACCGACGUCACCUUGUCUCAUCGUGCUUACUAGCUAGCUGAGCUAGCCGAGCUCAAGGUGUUAGCGGGGAGUUCCUCCGGAACGCGGGGCAUAGUGGAAAGAGAGUUGUCUUCUUUUUUCUUUUUCCUCGCACUCUUCAAGAUAUCAAGUCAUUAAACUUCAGCCCAGUGACUCGCGGUGGUUUCGGCAUCGGGGCUCAUCGCUCCAGCAAGUCGUGCGUCGUGGCGCGGGGACAGUGACAGACUGAGGCCGAGGACUCGCGUGGGAAAGAUGCAUCGGCGGUAAACAAGACAUCGACUUCAGAGGUGCACGUUGGUUUCGUAAUGACAAGCUGUUGUGCAGAAGAUGUCCACGCUGUCUGUGACUGAUAUCCCAGAUGUUGGUCAUGAUGAGAGUAAGGUGUUUGAAGGGGCCUCUGAGCUGCAGCUGGACUGCCUGGUUGAGGAGAGCAGCGGAGGCGCCACAGUGAAGCGCGGCGGCCUGCUGUCGCUCGCUGACCUCUCCCAGCCUGAUGACUUCCAUGCCCCCCCUCACAACGGCCCUUCACUGACCAAGAUGAGCAGCCCCCUGCCGGUGGAGACGGGCGACAUCAAGCUGGACCCGGCUGCCGGGGACACGUCCAGCAGCAGCAUAGACGGUCAGCCAGUGAAGAGGAAGAAGGGGCCGGCUCCGAAGAUGUUGGGCAAUGAGGUGUGCAGCGUAUGUGGUGACAAGGCCUCGGGUUUCCAUUACAACGUGUUGAGCUGUGAAGGCUGCAAGGGCUUCUUCCGACGCAGCGUCAUCAAGAGUGCCCAGUACUCCUGCAAGAACAAUGGCCGCUGUGAGAUGGACAUGUACAUGCGCCGCAAGUGUCAGCAGUGUCGCCUGCGCAAGUGUCGGGAGGCCGGCAUGUUGGAGCAGUGUGUCCUCUCCGAGGAGCAAAUCAGAAUCAAGAAGAUGAAGAAGCAGCACGACGAGGACUCGGCCCGCACGUCCACCGUGGUCACGCCCACGCCUCCGCAGGAAGUGGUCACGCUGGAUCCUCAGCAGCUGGAGAUGAUCGAGAAGCUGGUGACCAUGCAGAAGCAAUGCAACAAGAGGUCUUUCCUCGAACGCCCAAAAGUCACGCCGUGGCCUCAGAGUCAGGACCUUCAGAACAGAGAAGUGCGUCAGCAGCGGUUCGCCCACUUCACCGAACUCGCCAUCAUGUCGGUGCAGGAGAUCGUGGAUUUUGCGAAGCAGCUUCCUGGUUUCCUGGAGCUCACGAGGGAGGAUCAGAUCGCUCUGCUGAAGACGUCCACCAUUGAGAUCAUGCUGCUGGAGACGUCACGCCGGUACAACCCUACUAUCGACAGCAUCACGUUUCUGAAGGACUUCAGUUAUAAUAAGGAUGAUUUCGCAAAAGCAGGGCUUCAGCUGGAGUUCAUUAACCCCAUCUUUGAGUUUUCAAAAGGAAUGAAUGACCUGCACUUGGACGAGGCCGAGUACGCUCUGCUCAUCGCUAUCAACAUCUUCUCUGCAGAUCGACCAAAUGUGCAGGAUCAUGACUUGGUGGAGCGGCUGCAGCAGCCCUACGUGGACGCCCUGCGCUCUUACAUCAUGAUCAAGAGACCGCAUGAUCACUUGAUGUUCCCCCGCAUGCUGAUGAAGCUGGUGAGCCUCCGCACGCUGAGCAGCGUCCACUCGGAGCAGGUCUUUGCCCUUCGCCUCCAGGACAAGAAGCUUCCCCCGCUGCUCUCGGAAAUCUGGGACGUCAACGAGUGACUGCGAACCUGGUGUCGCACUCCCGUGGCUUUAAAGUCCGAGACUGACCCGACAUCCAGCCGGGACCCGGACCUCUUCCCGCACGGACUGGUUCAAGGAGUGGAGAUUUAAUUUUUUCUCGUGACAGGAGAGCAUCAUUGCCCUUCGCUCUCACACAGACUGCUGAACGGAUUUGUGUUCAUGAGAAGAAACCUGGACACUUAGUUUUUCUUUGAGCCUUUUGUUGAUCUUCCUCUUGAGUAGAUGCUGACAUGAUUGUGGCAAUAUUGAACACCAGCAUCAGGCUCCGGAGCCGUUUAUCUGAUUUAAUAUUUGUUGAAAGUCUCUCUAGUGCAGUUCUGUACUCAUCCUCUAACAAUCAUCAGAAGGUUUGGAUCUGGUUUGAGCUGUUUUCUGUUUCACAGCUGAAGAUUUGGUCUAAAACAAACAGGGAUUUGCAGUCGUGCAAUAGGUGGACCCGGAUACUGAGUUGAGCUCCGGCAGAUUCGUGUCUGAUAUUCACGUUAUUGAUGUUGGGGUGAAGCGGUGGGUCAUCUGGACGGUAUUGUGCAUCGUGAUAUGGCAGCAAAUAGUUUGUUCUCUUUGAUGUCAGUUCAGAAAUCAAAACAUUUGGUGUAGUCGCUCAGGUAAAGUAAUGUGAAGUACACCUCUGGGAACCGGGGGGAGGGGGCGGGGGCUUCUUUAAUUUCUAAGAGAGGACUUGAGUUUUCUUCCAAGUGCAUAAGGGACCCUUUUGGUCAUUUCUAGAUGCCCAUAAAACGUUCAUGUAAAUUGUAUAUUUAUUUUCACAGGACAAAAAGUGUUGUAGUUGAGUGCACGCAGGGGAAGUUUCCACGAGAUCGUACAAUCACAAACCGACGCACAAGAAAGCUAAAACUGCAGGUGACAGAGAGACCGUGCCCUCGUUGACAGGAAAUGGUGAAGUGACACGUUUUCUUUAUUUUCAACACAGCGCACUGGAACCUCGAAAUAGACGAGUGUCUCCAAAAUUCCGUGUAAAGAUGAAGAGUUGGUUUAAAAAAAGGAAGUGAGUUUGAAAACCCUGCUCCCACAAAGUUUAUGUUCAUGAAUCAAUAUAGAAAGAACCUCUAUUAACACCUAAUUCGUCAUGAUGCAUAUGUAAGAAGUUUCUUUUAUUCAAUUCAUAAUUAAACCGUACAAUCAUUUUCAUAUUUCGAUCUGGGUUAAUCAUCGUGAGUGAGAAUUUAUGAGCAACACAGUUUCUAACCGGAUACAUAGAAAUAGGCUGCCAUUUCAUUUUGAUAAUAUACGAAUGAUACUGAAGAAAAAACAUCUGUGAUUGAAUUACGUUUGAGUCUCCUCCUCCAACUGCUACUCAACACAAACAGCUUUAACUGGUCAGACUUUUUCGAAGCCUUCUUUAAAAGAAAAAUUCUCCGUGGACGUGGAGCAGAGGACAUCAGGAAAUGAAUAGAAACAUUUGUAAAUGUCGUAACUGCAGAGAUCUAGAUGUUUAUAUUCAUUCAGUGAUUUUCAUGCAUCUCUCCUGUGCAGUGCAAACUUGAAAUUCUGCGUUAACAGCCGAUAGAGGAAUAUUAAUGUAAAUACGUAGCUUUGAUGUUUAUUCUGGCUUUAAAAAACAGAAACUGGACGAGACGGUGCUACUGCAGCGUGUUUUCAGAAGUGAAAACAUUUUCAACCAUUUAUAUGAGCUGCCGGUCAAAAUCAGAGCCUUUACAUCAGUGAUGAGCUUUUUUAAUCAUGUUUAGAGACAGUUUCAUUUGGGCUAUUGUUGAAUAAAUUUGCUUUUAACAGCUAAAAUGGGACGAUGAUUCUUCACAUGAGCAGAUAAAACUGAACUGACAUUAGCAAAUAGGUGAAAGCCGUGUGGUUACAGGGGCAUCAGGCAGGAUGAGGUUUAAUUUGAUCUGAAUUGGUCUCUUAAAGCACUUGGUGACAGAUGAAUUGAAUUGCAGACUUGGGUUUGUCCCUUUUUUGUUGUUUUUCUAUUUCUACGUAAAGUUCUCACCGUGUUUGUUUUCAGUUAAAAACCUCCUAAAAGAUCAAAUCAUUCUUUAAAUCAUCCUUUUCUCACAGCAGAUAUAUUCUUGGCACGCUGCAGUAGCAGAAACGUGUGUGUUGCAUAUUGUGUUAACAAUGACAUCAUCAACUUUCUACUGUGACUUGUUCAAAUGUCUUGUCUGAAAAGGAUUCUACUGUUUCAUGUCCCUCCCCGUUGCACAGGAGAGGAGUGUGUGUGUGUGUCUGUGUGUGUGUCCUUAAAACCCAGUCUGAAGAGAUCAAUGGAAAACCACAGGAUUCACUGAUCAACUCGUAUCAUGGCCAAAAACAUAGACCUCUGUGUAAACUGCCAUUCAAUCCAUCUGUGAUAUAUAUAUAUACAAUUGAUUUUCUUCAUUUGAUUGAUUAAAUGACAAAAUGGCCAAUUGAGCAGCAUGUGAAUGGGGAAACAACCCUCCUGGUUGGUUGAUUGAAUUCAGAUGUGCUUUGUUUUAACAGUGGGAUGAUUUUCAACCUGCAGAGUCGUCACAGUAAAAUCAGCUUUAGUUCAUCCAGGUGGACUCAAGACAUCUAGAGCUCCAUGCCCAUGAGCUGCACUGUUCAUUCGAUAUCACAAACUUUAUCAACCUAAACUUUACUUCACCCUCUAACACACGGUGAUCUGGCAAAAUAUGACCAUGGAUUGUAUGAAGCCUUCUGCCUUCCCUCUCAAAGACCUGGUUUUGUUUUUUUAUUAAUAGCUUAAAAAUGGGAACACAUUUGUUUGUAAUGGAUUUUUCUGACACCCCCCUCUCUAACAUUUGUAUUAAUGUUUUUGGAUUUGUUUUGACAGAUGGAUCGAUAAUUAAAUGAAGCAGAUUAUAAGUGAUUUGUUUCCGUUCUGCAAAAAACUUAACUUUGGGUUUCAGUGAAAUGUAAAGUUUGCCUUUUUGGUUUCUGGUUUGCUGUUUGAGGCCAAAUACUUCAAACCACUGAAUUUAGUUUGAGCCUUUGCAAGUUUUCCACCAUGUUCUAAUGACCCACAGGUCAACGGACACAAAUGCUCUUGUGUUGUACUCGAAUCAAACGAGCAGAAAGCUGUUGGUUCUGAAAUCUUUGUUUCUCGGUGUACAUGUUAUGUUAAUGAUGUAGGUAUCAGUUAAUUUUGCUGUAUAUACUGUAAGUGACAUCUGAUCUCAUUUAAUUCCUGUCCUCAAAGGGUGACACUAAACAAUAUUGAUAUAUAGAAAUGCAAACCUAUUUUAAUACUUGUAACUCCUGAAGACCUUCUGUUUUGUAUGUACAGUAUAAAUUAAAGCUAUGCUGUAGUGCU